GCUUCACUACAACGUUUUCUGUUGCCUGUAUCACCUGGAAAAUUCGCCCUGUAGCACACCUAUCACCAACCCUGGAUUACCCAGCAGUGAAAGAGGGCUUAGUCCUGACUUACAACCUACCAGUGAACAACAACAGAUCUUGAACCACGCCCUUACACCUGGAGAGUGGGUAAAAAUUGUGGCUUUUGCAGGCACAGGGAAAACGUCCACUCUGAUCCAAUACGCCCAAAAGUGGUCCCACCUUCGUUUCUUGUACUUGGCGUUCAACAAGACCAUCGCAGACCAAGCGUCCCAGCUCUUCCCGGACAACGUCACCUGCAAAACCAUCCACUCCUUAGCUUACGCGGAAGUUGGCAGACAUUACCGACGAAAACUUAACCUGGGCUCGCUGACCUCCUACCUGGUCAGCUUCGUCCUCUCCAACCGCCAGGGCCAGUCUCCGUUCAUCAGAGGCAAGUCGGUCGUUCAGACCCUCGCCGCCUUUUUCGCUUCAGCCGAUGUCUCCAUCGCUGUGGACCACACGCCCAUCUGGUGCAAGAACAACCGCGGGGAAAAAGUUCUGGUCGAGCCACGCGAAAAGCAGAUCAUUGUGGAAGAAUCAAAACAAAUAUGGAGCAAGAUGCAGACGCUGAGCCCAACCAGGGAAAUGGCGCACCGAAUGACGCACGACGGUUACCUGAAGCUUUGGCAACUCCAGAAGCCUUUGCUUUCCGGCUACGAUGUCAUCUUGGUGGAUGAGGCCCAAGACUGCACCCCCGCUGUUAUGGACAUUGUCCUCUCGCAGCCAUGUGGUGUGAUCUUGGUGGGAGACCCACACCAGCAGAUCUACACCUUCCGGGGUGCUGUCAACACACUUUCUGAAGUGCCCCACAGCCGCAUCUUCUACCUGACACAGAGUUUUCGCUUUGGCUCCGAAAUCGCUUACGUUGGCGCGACCAUUCUGGACGUCUCCAAGGGAGUCCGGAGGAAAACGCUGGUGGGGAACAAACAGGAAAGUGACGUCAGUGGGGUCGGCGUGGAGGGGAAGGUGGCCCACUUAUCCCGGACCAACAAAACUGUCUUUGAGGAUGCUGUGAAACUUACCCGUGGAGACGCACCUGCUAAGAUACACUUGCUCGGGGGACUGAAAGUUUUUGGCCUUGAGAAGAUCCGUGAUCUCUGGAAGCUCCUUCAUCCGGAAUUGAAACUCGAGAUAAAGGAUCCAUUCAUCAGGAGGUGGGCUGAGAAGGGCUUGGCCAGCAUCAAGGACUAUGCUGACAAAGCAGAAGACAAACAGCUGGAAAUAAAAAUUGCAAUUGUGGAGAAAUAUCGGGAUCGUAUUCCGGAGCUGGUGAAGAGAAUAACCCGAUGCCACGUCUCGGCUCCAAAGAAAGCAGAAGCCGUCCCGGAAGAUGAGUGGAACUUGCUGUACGUCGCGGUCACACGAGCUAAGAAGCGUCUCAUCCUGCCCAGAUUUCUCGCCGAUAUCCUAAAAGUGGCCAAGGAAUACUACGUACGGUUUGAACUCGCCGACAAAGUGCGCGAAACAACAUCGCUUUGGUGUUCGGAGCACGGCUGCUGCAACGCCAUCCCGGCGGAUUCUUUCCUAAUCCCGAAAAGGACGAAGUUUGUUUACACGGACGGCACCCAAACCCCCGAGGGAUUACUUUGUCCUUUUUGCACCACGUGGACCCUCGGCCCCAUUGCACAGCUGACAGGCUCUCCCACGAUAGUGGAGGAGGCUGCCUGUCCCCCAGAAAUCAUGGAGCUUCCGCCCGCGGUUCGCCUCCUUCUCGAAGUCCUCUGA